AUGGCACCUGCAGACGAAGAGGAGGUGGACCCUCUGGAUGCCUUCAUGGCAGAGAUGAAGGAGCUGGAGAAGGCUAGCGAUGCCCAGGCCCCAAGUGCACGAGCAGCUGGCAAGUCUGCUGCAGAACGUUUCGACGAGCUCGACCCUGCAGCCGAUUUCCUGGAGGCAAAGAAGGCCGGGGCGCUGCCCCCCUCAGCCGUCACGGCGGCGGCCAUGCAGUCUGGUGCGGCAGGCGCUGACGGCUCGGACGAGGAGGUGUAUGCCGCUGCAGCCGCCGCCCUAGAGUCAGACGCCGACGGCGUGGGUGGGGGCAAGCUGGAGAAUUCUUCAGGCUUCAAGCAGGCUGUGGGCUCUCUGGCGCCCCUGGACCACCCCAACCUGACCUACGAGGAUUUUGACAAGGACUUUUAUGUAGAAGCUCCUGCGUUGACAUCGAUGUCCCAGGCAGAGGUGAGUGCGCGGCGGAGGUCCCUGGGCCUCACCGUCUCGGGCUUCGACGCCCCACGGCCCAUCGCCACAUUCACCCAAGCUGGCUUUGAUGCCCCCCUCCUGACGGCUAUCGUGAGGGCGGGGUACAAGGAGCCCACCGCGAUCCAGGCCCAGGCGCUCCCUGCCAUCCUGUCUGGGAGGGAUGUCCUCGGCAUUGCCAAGACCGGCAGCGGCAAGACGGCGGCCUUUGUCCUACCAGCCAUGGUCCACAUCAUGGAUCAGCAGGAGCUGGAAAAGGGGGAGGGUCCCAUCGCCAUUAUCGUGGGCCCCACUCAUGAGCUGGCCGAGCAGAUCCACCGCGAAACCCAUCGCUUUGCCAAGGGCUAUAAGCUGCGGGUGUGUGCUGCGUUUGGUGGCCUCCCCAAACACCAGCAAUUCCGAGAGCUGAAGGCGGGGGCGGAGAUAGCGGUGUGCACUCCUGGCCGUCUCAUCGACCUUGUCAGGAUGAAGGCCUGCAAUCUGCAGCGAGUGACAUAUGUGGUGCUGGACGAGGCGGAUCGCAUGUUUGACAUGGGCUUCGAACCCCAGAUCCGGUCCAUCCUGGGUCAAAUCCGACCAGACAGACAGCUCCUGCUGUUCAGCGCCACGAUGCCGAUGAAGGUGGAAAGGCUGGCCAACGAUGCCUUGUCUGGCCCGGUUCGAAUCCGCGUGGGCGAGGCGGGAAUGGCCAACGAAGACAUCAGCCAGCGCGUGGAGGUGGUGGCCGACGAGGCGGCCAAGCGCGCCUGGCUGCGUCAGCACCUCCCCACCCUGGUGGAUGCAGGGGAGGUCCUCCUCUUCGCCGGCACCAAGGCCAGGGUGGACGAGCUGGCGGCUGAGCUCGCCGCCCAGGGCGUCCGCGCCGGCGCCAUCCACGGCGACCUGGACGCCGGCUCACGCGCUGCGGUGCUGGCCAGCUUCCGGGCAGGUACCACCCACGUCCUGGUGGCCACAGACGUCGCAGCGCGGGGCCUGGACAUCAAGACCCUGAAGACGGUGGUGAACUACGAUGCAGGGAGGAGCAUUGACUCCUACAUCCACCGGAUUGGGCGCACAGGCAGGGCUGGGGACAAGGAGGGUGUCGCAUACACCCUUCUCCUACCCAGCGAGGGGCAGAUGGCAGACGGGCGGCUCCGGCUUGGGCUUUGGUGA